GAGCAGAUGGUUGGUAGUUAGCAAUAACAGUUGAUCAGAGUUUCUCGACAUCUUAAGCGAUCAUCAUUCGAGCUAGUAUCGUGCAUCGUAAGACAUCGCCUGGAAGUCGAAGUUGUCGCACAUAUAGAAGUUAUCUUGCACUGUGAACAAGCCAGUUGAGCUACACUUGGACUGUGGACAAGCAAGUCGAGCUACACUUGGACUGUGAGCAAGUAAGUUGAGUUCGACUUAGACUUUGGAAGAAAACACUAUCAUCUAUAUUGUAUACUAAAAAAUGGAUAGUCCAGAUGAAGGUUUGCCAACCGUCGCUAACUGCGAUAGUAACUCGAUAUCACAAAUGAAUUUAACAGUGGGACAGUCUGUGGCUAUCAUACGCGAGAUAAUUAAAUCGUUCAUGCAAAACUCGAAUGCGAAACCACAAAAUGUAUGUCUACCGCGUUUUAAUCCUGAAGUCGAGGGCACCGACCCAGCUGUAUGGUGCGCAACUGCCAAUCAGAUUGUGGAGGAUAAUUCUUUAGAAGGCAGCGCGUUAUACUCUAUUUUAGCUGAUAAUCUAAAGGGUUCAGCAGCUCCAUGGUUUAGAAAAGUAUUGAUCGAUGAACCGGCUAUUACCUGGCCAAGAUUUAAAGAAAUCUUCGCUAUGCGUUUUGGUGGAAACGAAACAGGAACCGGGGCGCUAACGAAGAUGAUGAUGGAACAACCACUGGAGGACGAAUCCUUGUCAGCUUUCGGUCUUCGACUCCGUAACUUCCUAAAAAUGAGAUGGCAACAUUUAGCAAUUGAUGAAAUAAUCAACGCCUGCGUUCUUGCUCGACUGGUCUUAGAAGAUGAGCAUAUUAAAGAAAUUGCAUUUGCGAAGAAUUUCAAGACCGAGGAAGAAUUAAUGAACGAAAUAAGAGAUCUGCCUCAGAUGCCCUCGGUGUCAUCAGGGAGCUCUAGAACUGAACGGCACAAGUCAUCUCGCUCCCGGAUCAGAUGCUUCUACUGCGGUAUGAUAGGACAUAAAAUGGCAGUGUGCCGUAAGAGAAUGAAGUUAACGAGACAGAAAAAUAAACAAAAGUCAGAAGAAUAUCGACCGAACGUAUCAUCUUCUUAUUUCACGUGUCUUGUGGAGGGCCAUAACGAGACUAAUUGUCCGUGGUUCAGAAGAACCUCAUAAUUUCAACGACCAUCAAUGAUAGAAACUGCUGCAUUAAACGAUACAGAUACAUCCAAGAAGUUGUGAUUGUGAGGGUGGCCAAAACGAAUGUCAAAACCAGAGACGAACGCAUGCUCUACUCGUACCAGUUUCACUGCCAAAUUUUCAAAUCAGAUUUCCAGAAACAAGUUGAUCACACGAAAGCGCGCCUAUUCGACCAGAGACUGUCAGCCUGCCGGCCCUACCUACUUAUAAUUAACAGACACACCAGAAAGUACCAUAUACUACCUAUCCUACUUAGCGCUAUAUUUACAAAAUGGCAAAACAGGCGUACCAACAUAUAUUAUAUAAUAUUAUAUUGUAUUCUAUUCUGUUAUAUUCUGUUAUAUUCUAUUCUACUCUAUUCUACUCC